CGACAUGUCCAGUGAUUGGCACUGCCACGUGUGCCAUUAACAAUACACAUGAAUAUUUGUGUUAAUUUAACUAACAGCUGUUACUCUAUUUGGGGAAGUAUUACAUAUUGUGUCCAUACCUUUAUAUCUGAUUCUGUUUCACUUUACAGGUCCUCGAUCACAGCAUCUCAACGGAGAACUACAGAGAUGAUACGGCAAGUUAUCUUGACGAUCUUUUUCUGCCAUGCAGGCUCUGCCUUCCAUUAUAAUACAACGGUCUGUCCUAAAAGAACUGUACCGCCCUCCGUCCUAAACUUUGGUUUCUGCGAUGACGGCAUCCCAAGUGACCUCCAUCGUUUUCUUCCGGUUUUACUGAACUUUGACACCGUCGACGUGUUCGAGGAUCUGAUGGUGGGCGCUGGAGGACAAGCCCGGCUGUACCUGGGGCGAUUCCUCCCCACGGAUGAGGACGUUGUCGUGAAGAUGCUCCUGGAAGAAAACCUUGAAGAGCUUAUGAACGAAGCAACCAUGAUGAUCUACCUGGAAGAUAUUCCCCACGUCCCACUCUUCCGUGGUUUACUGCCAGUGGGUCCUCUGAUAUCUGACUUAGCAAUCGUCAUGGAAUUUAUCCCCAACAGCACAACUGUACACGACCUUCUGCUCCAAGGAGCUCUGUCUCAGUGUGACUGGUUAAACUUCUCGCAGCAAUUAAGUACUGCGUUGUUAGAAAUGCACAAACGUUUCGUGUUGUUCAAUGACCUUCAUGACAGGAACAUCAUUGUGUCGCGGCAAGGGGCCAUGCUGAAGGUGUACGUUAUAGACUUCGCAGACGCCUCCUUUCGCCAAGGGAAUUCCUUCAUGGAGAACUUUACGCAAGGAUCUAAAAAUCCGUUUCCAUCCCCAGAAGCGCACGUUGGCAUCACUACCCCCGCAAGCGAUGUUUUCUCUCUUGGCAUGAUAUUGGCCCACAUCACAGAUUACGUCAACAAUAAGCAUUUCUACAGGAUUUCGCAACAGUGUGUAGCAGGCAGUCCCAGUGAUAGGCCCCCACUGUGCAAUGUUAACGAUUUCCUAGUGGAGCUGUACAAAGACACAUGCAAGAGUGCCCCCAACACAUGGCGCAAUCAGAGUGAGUGAGUGAGUUUGGUUUUACGCCGCUUUUAACAAUA